GGGGUGCGUCCGGGCCCAGUAACGUGUCUCCUCGGAGGAUGGCGGAUCCCGCUUCGCGCCGCGUGGUGCCCAGCGACCUGUUCCCGCUGGUGCUCAGUUUCCUGCGGGACAACCAGUUCUCGGAGGCCGCCAGCAAGUUUGCCAAGGCCGCCGGCUCCACUUGCCAAGACCCCAACGCCUCUUCCCUCCUGGACAUCUACGGCUACUGGCUCAAGUCCCCAGAGGCUCGGAAGAGGAAGGUGGUGACCAAUGGCCCUGCAGCAAAGAAAGCGAAGAAAGAGUCUUCCUCCAGCAGCAGCAGCAGCGAGGACAGCUCAAGUGAGGAGGAGGAGAAGGCGGCUGCCCCUCCAGGUAAAAAAACAGCCGCCAAGCAGACCGGUGUGCCCAAGCAACCUGUGAAGACAACCCAGGCGGCGAAGAGCAGCAGCAGCAGUAGCAGCAGCAGCAGCAGUAGUAGUAGUGAGGAAGAAGAGGAGAAACCCGCCCAGAAAGGAGGCAAAACCCCAGCCAAGGCACCUGCGGCCAAGGCAGCCCAACCCCCCAAGAAGGCAGCGAGCUCCAGCUCCGACUCCAGCAGCUCUGACUCCAGCUCAGAAGACGAAGCUCCCAAGAAGCAGAAGCCGCUGGCAGUGGCGGCCAAAGCCCCAGCAAAACCUGGAGCCGCCACCAAGGCUGCCCCCAAACUAACCAACGGCAAAGCCGGCAGUGACAGUAGUAGCGAUAGCAGCAGUAGCGAGGACUCAGAGGAAGAGGAGGCGGCAGCCCCCAAGAAGGCUGCGGCCAAGAACGCAGCUCCGGCCGCCAAGAAAGCCGCUCCGGCCAAGGCUCCAGGGAAGGCUCGGGAGAGCUCCAGCAGUGAGGACUCUUCCAGCGAGGAGGAGGAGGAGCAGCAGCAGAGAAAGCUGGCGGCCAAGGGCAGGCAGGGUCCCUACAGCUCAGUGCCUCCACCCUCCUGCCCCCAGCUGAAGAAGACGGCCGCCCCGCCUCCUAAGAAGAAGGCCGAGAGCAGCGAAGACAGCAGCGAGGAGGAGGAAGAGGAGGAAAAGAAGACGACAGCACCCAAGAAGACUCCUGUUAAGGCUACACCGGCCAAGGCCGCACCUGCCAAGACCAGAGACUCCAGUUCUGAUAGUGACUCAGACUCAAGUUCCGAGGAGGAGGAGGAGGAGGAGAAAAAGAAAACUCCAGGCAAACCCCUGGCCAAACCAACUCCGAGCAAGACAGCAGCCAAAGUGGUGGUGACCCAGAAGGCGGCCAGCAGUUCCUCAAGCAGCUCUGACUCAGACAGCUCCGAGGACGAGGCUCCGGCCAAGCCGGCCCCAGCCACCAAGGCCAAGAAACCGCCUGCACCAGUGAAAAAGUCUCCGGCCUUGGCUAAGAAAGAGCAGAGCAGCUCCAGCGAGGACAGCAGCUCCAGUAGUGAGGAGGAGGAGGAGCAGAAGAAGAAGGCCCCUGCAGGUCCCCCAAAGCCCAAGCCGGGGGCCAAGGCAGCUGCUCCAGGGCCCAAGCCCAAAGCCCCGGCCCCCAAGGCCAGCAGCUCCGACUCGGACAGCUCCAGCUCCAGCAGUGAGGAGGAAGAAGAGGAGAAGAAGCCGAAGAGCAAAGUCGGGAAGGCAGCGGGGGCUGUGACCCCCAAAGCCACUCCUGGAAAGAAGGCUGAGAGCAGUUCUUCUUCUUCUUCUGACUCCAGUGAGGAGGAAGAGGACAAGGGGCCAAACAACAACAAAGGGACCCCAGGAGGACGCCCCAGCCAGAAGCUCAAUGGUACCUCUACGCCAGCUCCUCGGAACGGGAAGGCCCAGCCCGCUGGGGAUGAUAGUGAGAGCAGUGAGGACAGCAGCUCCGAAGAGGAGGACCAGCCAGCCAGCAAAGGUCCCAGCCAGAAACAGAAGCUGAACGGAACUCAGGAAACAGAAACCCCCCAGGGCAAGAAGCUGAAGCCCGAGGCCCCCAACACGUUCCCCAAAACUAAGAAGGCAGAGAGAAGGGCGUCAUCCCCCUUCCGAAGGGUCCGGGAAGAGGAAAUUGAGGUCGAUGCCCGCGUGGCCAACAACUCCUUCGAUGCCAAGCGAGGCGCCGCGGGGGAUUGGGGUGAGCGAGCCAAUGACGUCCUCAAGUUCACCAAAGGCAAAUCAUUCCGGCACGAGAAGACCAAGAAGAAGCGGGGCAGCUACCGGGGCGGUUCCAUCUCCAUUCAGGUCAACUCCGUCAAGUUUGAGAGCGACUGAGCGGGGAUCUUGAGCCACCCACCGGCACCUUCACCCCUCCUUCCCCCACCCCCCACCACCCUGAACUGCAGCCCCAUCACCAAGAGACUCACGGAUGGAGGGCUGGCCAGGGCCCUCCCCAAGGCUCUUCCGACUGGGGUGGGGGUGGGGCGGACUCUUGGGAUUUGCCCAGGAGCCAGGGCUGCUCCUCUUGUCUCCCCCCUUCCACCUCUCUGGACUCUCGAUGAGUCCCCCUUGAGACUGUCAUUAUUUGGGGUGAUCCCAAAGGGGUUAGGAGAGUGGGGAAUGGUGGGGCCAGACCCUGUCCUUCCCCCCCCACCCAUUUGGCCUACGACAGCCUAGUACUGUAGCCACCCUCGCCCAUGGACAUUGAGGUUGGGAGUGGGAAAGGAAUCGGGAAGCCGGGUGUCCUUGUUCAGCUGCCUGGCCUUCUUGUCCUGAGUGGGCAUGGUCCCAGGGAGCCUGGAAGAGGGGCUGGAGAGCUGGCCACCGUGGUCAGGGGUCAAGCUCCCCUCCAUGGCCCCAGACCUAGGCAGGGAAGGUUGGGGGUCUGUGGGAUCCAGUUGGCAGGCAAGGGGCUCAAAGCUCCUCUUGUUCUCCUGUGUGUGUGCUCGUGUGCGCCAGAUUCCCUGCCCUGUGCGGUUACAAUAAACUGUCGUUGGCUUUUUACUAGG